UGAGGAGCGAUGCGACAGGCAUGAUGGAGGUCGAGUCUUCCUACUCAGACUUUAUCUCCUGUGACCGGACAGGCCGUCGGAAUGCAGUUCCUGACAUCCAGGGCGACUCUGAGGCUGUAAGCGUUCGGAAGUUGGCUGGUGACAUGGGCGAGCUGGCACUUCAGGGAUCAGAAGGACAGGUGGAAGCAAGCUCUCCAGACAAGGAGGCCGGCAACCAGCCUGAGAACAGCGAUGGAAGCACCUCGUCUUGAGUCCAACUUUGCCCACGGAGGCUGGAAGAGAAACCUGCUGUCCCCUCCCGGAACUGGGGCCCUGGCACUAGCCCAGCAGCCUAUUCUCUGAGCCCAUGGGACAGGCCAGACUGAGAGGCCCCAUGGAGGUCUCCAUGGCCCCUACUCUGGGAAAGCCCCCUGCCCACACACACAGGCUCCCCAUGCCGACCUUCUUACCAUGCCCAGGUACACUUUGAAGGCACCUGUAACUGUGGGAUGCUAUUUAUUCAGCUGGUGCAGGGCUCAGGCCAGGCCCUGCCCACCAGGUGAGCAGCCCACAAGAGAACGCGCCUUCCAUGGGCCACCUGGACCGGGACCAUAUCCCAGCACUGCCCCUCCUUUCCAACCCCAGCCUUCCAGACCUUCCAGGAGGUCAAAACCUUCUUAUCCCUUUUUUAAAAAACACUUUUAAACUUUUUAAAAAACUUUAAACCUUUUUUCAGCAGAGAGGGAAGCUGACAGUCAGUUCACUUUCUUUUUGAAAGCUGUUUUUAAACUCAGCUCUGAUCAUCUAUGCAGCUCCGAGGUUCCCUCAUGGAGCUCCACAUAUCCACUUUUAGGGAAAGGAUUUAGACUCAUUCUUUGCCCUUUCUACCAA